CUCACCUGUGGCUGUGGGAGGACAUCACUUACCUGACCCAUCAGACUCACCUGCAGGACAGACAGAACCACGCCCCAGAGCAGAUACAACUCACCUGCAGGACAGACAGAACCACGCCCCAGAGCAGAUACAACUCACCUGGACAGACAGAACCACGCCCCAGAGCAGAUACAACUCACCUGCAGGACAGACAGAACCACGCCCCAGAGCAGACACAGCUCACCUGGACAGACAGAACCACGCCCCAGAGCAGACACAACUCACCUGCAGGACAGACAGAACCACGCCCCAGAGCAGAUACAACUCACCUGCAGGACAGACAGAACCACGCCCCAGAGCAGAUACAACUCACCUGGACAGACAGAACCACGCCCCAGAGCAGAUACAACUCACCUGCAGGACAGACAGAACCACGCCCCAGAGCAGACACAGCUCACCUGGACAGACAGAACCACGCCCCAGAGCAGACACAACUCACCUGGACAGACAGAACCACGCCCCAGAGCAGACACAACUCACCUGGACAGACAGAACCACGCCCCAGAGCAGACACAACUCACCUGGACAGAAGACCCAGCUCACCUGGACAGAAGACCCAGCUCACCUGGACAGAAGACCCAGCUCACCUGGACAGAAGACCCAACUCACCUGGACAGAAGACCCAACUCACCUGGACAGAAGACCCAGCCCACCUGCAGUCCUGAAGGUAUCCCAGAGUUCCACCAGACAGCUCCAUACUGUACAUAAUAGACUGUGGAGCACAUGGAGAGUAGGAGAGAGCUGACAGCAGCCUGGAGCGACGGAACCAGUGGGAGGAGAAUCGUGACAGCCGGUCUGCCGCAAGUAAUAUGGAGAGGGAGCUGGAGACGGAGAGAGACUGAAAUGAGAGAGGGAAGGAAGGAGACUGGAGGAGAGAGGGAUGAAGGAAGGAGACUGGAUGAGAG